AAGUCAAAGGAGAAAGAGAGAAGGCCUUAAAAUGCCCUUACCUUUUGGCAGCAUUCUUCAAGAAUCCAAAUAGCAAAAAUCAAAGCACCCCACCCCACCCCACCCCCCUAUUGUGCUUCUUCUCAGGGACGGUUACAAAGUCCACCUCAACACUCCUUUCACACAUCAUUUCUUGAUAUUAUUUCAUGUAAUCAUCCCCAAUUUCACCUGCUAUUUGCUCAGAUUUCUUGGGCCUUUUUUCAAGAUUUGUGAUCUGUGCUGAAAGUUUAGGGCUUUUUUUGGUGGUAUGUUAAGUUGUAGAUUUAAGUGGUGAGGGAGGCUGAAUUACUAUAUGGGUAAUUUAUGCUGCAGUUCUGCUUCUAAGCUCUCGGGCGGCCAAUCAACGCAUGACACUGGCAAGGGGCGGGGCCACCAAGGGUCGGCGAAAUAUGGAUUCAGUUUGGUUAAAGGGAAAGCUAAUCAUCCAAUGGAAGAUUACCAUGUGGCCAAAUUUAUAUCUCAUCAAGGGCACGAGCUUGGACUUUUUGCUAUAUAUGAUGGCCAUCUAGGAGAUAACGUGCCUGCGUAUCUUCAAAAACAUUUAUUCUCCAAUAUUAUAAAAGAGAACGAGUUUUGGACGGAUCCAAACACCGCAAUAUUUAAAGCUUAUGAAAAAACGGACGCGUCAAUUCUUUCCCAUAAUCCGGACCUGGGAAGAGGUGGAUCUACCGCAGUUACUGCAAUUUUAGUCGACGGUCGUAAAUUAUGGGUAGCGAAUGUUGGUGAUUCUCGGGCAGUUUUGUCUAAGAACGGGCAGGCAAUUCAAAUGAGUAUUGAUCAUGAACCCAGUGCCGAAAGAGGCAGCAUCGAAAAUAGAGGAGGUUUUGUAUCCAACAUGCCAGGAGACGUAGCACGAGUGAACGGGCAGCUAGCUGUUUCACGCGCAUUUGGAGAUAAGAAUCUCAAGAAUCAUUUGCGGUCUGAUCCUGACGUCACAAAUGCCGAUAUUGAUGCCAAUACAGAAAUUCUCAUUCUUGCAAGUGACGGUCUAUGGAAGGUUGUGACAAACCAAGAGGCAGUGGACAUAGCGAUAAAGAUCAAGGACCCACAGAAAGCGGCAAAAGAACUAGCAGUUGAAGCGUUGAAUCGAGAAAGCAAAGACGACAUUUCAUGCAUUGUGGUUCGGUUUAACUGAAGAAGUGUGUGCAGUAUAAGGUGUACAUUGGGGGAUUAAGUACAAAAAAAGGAUCUGAAAUUUGCUCAUAAAGAUAGCUAAGUUACUUGGCACAGGUUAUAUUACAUAUAUAAUAUAUAUAUAUGACUCAUCCUUUGUUUAUUUUUGUGUAAGAAGUUGAAGUUCUUGUAUUGAAGAUUGUGAGGUUUGCUGUUGUUCGGUUUCUUUCGAGUGUAUAUAAUAUACACACAAUCUGUUUCCAUUA